UUUAAUGCAGUGGCGGUGACGCGAGCAGCCACGUGACCUGACGUCACGCCGCCGUGCGCUUCUGGAUUUGGCUGAAGAAGAUGGCGGCCUCCUCAGGAGUUAAAGUUCCACGCAAUUUUCGUUUGUUGGAGGAGCUGGAGGAAGGCCAAAAGGGGGUCGGCGAUGGCACGGUGAGCUGGGGCCUGGAGGAUGACGAGGACAUGACCUUAACACGGUGGACGGGAAUGAUUAUUGGACCUGCACGAACUAAUUAUGAAAACAGAAUAUACAGCCUGAAAGUGGAAUGUGGCCCUAAGUAUCCUGAAUCACCACCGACUGUUAGAUUUGUAACAAAAAUUAGCAUGAAUGGAAUAAAUAAUUCCAAUGGGACGGUGGAUGCACGUAGCAUACCAAUUCUAGCAAAAUGGCAAAAUUCAUAUAGCAUUAAAGUCGUUCUUCAAGAGCUAAGGCGUCUAAUGAUGUCCAAAGAGAAUAUGAAGCUUCCUCAACCGCCUGAAGGACAGACGUACAGCAAUUAAUCAUAAAUGAUUGUUUUUGACUAUCUGUCUUAAAAACAUAAAAAAAACUAAAAAAAAAAAAACCCCACCAACAGAAAAACCCCAACUUAGUCUAUUAAUCCUGUGAUCGGAGAUAGAAAAAUAAAAAUAUGAAUUUGUUUACUCUGCACAGGAACAGACUUCAUCGCAAGAGCAAGAUUGGAUGUUUACAAAGUAGUUCUUUGAGAAAAGAGACGGCACGAGUCGAAGUGUGAAAUUCUAUUACGUUCAAUUGCACAAAUGUUGCUCUUCCAGUAAGGUUAUUUAAAGCUUUAUUAUUUCGCUAUAUUUUUCCUCCCCACAUAGCCACAAAAAGGCAGGAUGGAUGUUUUUAUGUUAAUGUAACUUGGCGUUGAAAAAAAGAGAAGAAAAAUUGCCUAUAAAGAUUCCUGUAUGAUAUUGACCGCAUGAUUUAGUUUGGAGGGAAAAAAAAAAACAGCAGCAUAUUAUAUCUGAAUGAUCGACGCCUUCGUGACGAUUACACUAAAGUGUGCCUGUAGUUUAGUAGUAGUAGUAUCACAAACUGAAGGAAGUGGCUGGUUCUUUUUGUGCGUGUGUAUGUGUGUGUGUAUGACAGUAGCCAUUUCAGUGCAUAUUAUUUAAUUAUUAUUAUUUUCUUUUUAUCAAACCAUUCGUUUAACUCUUCUAGAAAAUGUCAGGUACAUUAUUAUAACAUUCAACAUCAUGAAGUGCAUCCGUCUCUUUCUAUCUUCACUGCUGUCCACUGUACACAUUCGCUCAAUGAAAGUCUUGAGGAUUUCGCAUGGCACACCAUCAAGCGGUUUUACAAAAUUUAAUUAACCAUAGUUUCCCGCUUUUUUUUCUUCUUCUCUUCAUUCUAACCAUAACACCACUUCCGUAAGCCCCUGAUAAACUUAUAACUGUAAUCACUUAUCUGCUCGUGAGCCUAAUUUUGAGUAAUCUGGAAGCAAUACACUGAUAUAAAGUAUAGCUAACGUAGUCGUUACUUGUUAAUAAGCUAUAAAAGCUUUUUGUUCAAUCAAACACAAAGAUACACAACAGAGUGUUAACGCCAGUUGUUUUAAUGCAUCUCAAAAACAUUUGGUUCUUUGUUUUUUCCUCUUUUUUAUUUUUUUUUUAUUUUAAAGAUAUAUAUCUGGUUCUGUUGAAUUUGUCACGGGCUGUAUUCAGGAUAAUAAAUAUUGUGGAACACAAA